AUGCUUGGAGCCUCUGAGGAGGAAGGGGUGUCCAUUCUCGGAGUGGGGGGGGGCUCUGUGGAGCUGGCCUGUGGCUCAGGGCUCCCCCUGGUAGUCCCCUGGAACUUCACCCCCUGAGCUCCCUGGCCCCCCCAGCCUGUGGCUGUCGCCAACAGAGCCACAUCCAAAGUGAGGUCAGGGGCCUCAGCUCUGGGGCGUGUGGGUCUGAGGAAUGGCAGCUUGGUGCUGGGUGAGCUGCAGAAAGGUGCCCACGGCAGCCAGCUGCACACCUCCUACCCCAACCUCACGCUGGCCGUGCUGGUGCUGGCAUCGAAGCCUCCAGUGCAGCUGAGUGACCUGUUCCCAGUGAAGGGUGCCUCUGUGGUGGCCACGUGUGCAGUGUGGGAGGGCAUGGAACCCGUGGUCCCCACCUGGCAGAACCAGGUACCCUAAGCCAGGGAGGCCCUGCUGGAAUUCGCUGGGCAGCUACUCUAGCUGAACCCCGUCAAAUAGACACACCUGGACUGGUACGUGUGCAGUGCCCACAACACCGCCAACGGGCUGAGCAGUGAUAGAGUCUUCCUGGAUGUCAUCUAUGGUCCAGAUGAGCCUGUGAUCAGCGGGGAGACCCUGGCCACCACUGACAGUGGCUUCUGGGCCAGUGAGAGGGAAGGGUUGACCCUGAGCUACCUGGUGGCAUCCAACCCUCCGAGCUGCUGUGUGUGACUCCAUGAACACACUUGGGUCCACCCUGGGCCUGCCUCCAUCAUGACCAGCACUGGCUGUGCCCAUGCAGGCCCAUACACCUCGGCUCACGAUAGGCACCUGGACGCCAGCACACAGACCGCCGUGCAGCUCACCAUCUACUCCCCCCUGCAUCUUGACCCCCAUCCUCUUGUGACUUUGGUCUUUGCCUGGCCUGGGAGGCUUCCACUUGCCCAGCUGCAGUGCGAAGGGCCCCAGGGAACUGGCCCUACUGCCCCCAGCAAUGUUUCCUGGAGUCAUGUGGCCGCCUAGCUCUCCAGCAGCAGCGUCCUCACCUGCACAAGCCAGCCGGCACUGAGCCCCAGCACUGGCUCCAGGGGCGGCAGCAGCCUGACCCUGGCUGUCCACCUCCUGAAGGCCUGUGGAGGUCUGGCUGGGAGAGAGUUCACUUGCCAAGCUCCUGCCCCCUCCGGACCCAUACCCCCAGUGCCAGCUCCAGCUGGAUCAGUAGGGGCGCUGCUGGGGCUGGGGCCCUUUGGGACCAGGAUGAAGGGGGUGGGCUGUGCUGGAAUGAAAAUGAGUCAGGAAACUGAUCACCUCACCUCCCAGGGACUCAACCUGAAAGAGGAGGCUGACUGGCUAAAGACAAGCUCCACUGUCAACUCCAACAUGCCCUCUUCUUCCCUCUUUUGCCCUCUCCUCCACCCAGGCCUGCACCUGACCUCCAGCCUUCUCAUCAGCCUCACCCUCAAGGUCCCUGCAGAAGCCCCACAGCUGGCAGUGGAGGAGCCCCGGUGUGUGCUGCAGGGGGAGGGGCCUGGCUGGGUGGCCCUCCUAGGGGGCACACCUCUGGCUCAGCUCCUCUGGCUGGGUCCCCAGCAGCAGCAGCUAGAACCAGAGACUCCCAGAUUCAUGUUACCCGAGGGUAUCCAGCUCCACCUGGCUUUCCAAGAUGCUGAUUCGUGGCACCACAAGGGCAUCUACCAACCUGCAGCCUGCAACACUGUGGGCAACAGCAGUCAGGCAUCCUGCUGGAGGGCCAGUGUCCCAGGCCCAGGAGCUGGGGCUUGGGACACAGCAGCAAAUGACAUUGAGCCAGAGAGCAGGAGCCGGUGGCUGCGAGGCUUGGACCCAGGGGUCCUUUAUGCCUUCCGCAUCCCAGCUCUGAAUCAUCACAUGGGGGGUGGGUCCUCCAUGGCGACAGACCAGCACCUGGUGUCUUCACCUCAGGGGGGUGUCCAGCCGUGGUGGACUCCCUAUUCUGCAGUUCUGGGCAUAGCAGGCACAGGAAUGGUGGUCGCAACGGUCGCCUCCCUACUGGUGCUCCAGUGUGCUACCAGCACCCAGAGAUGUUCCCCCAUGAGAGGGAACCUGAAGGGGAGGAGCUGCAUUGGUCAGGAGCAAAAUCAUCAACGUAGGGGUGAAAGGGAAGGCAUGGAGGCACAGGCGGGCACAGAAACACCAGCCACCACCCCGGGGUCAGAUCCUGCCCACAAAUUCACCGAUGCGCCAGUGAACAUCACUAUCACAGUGACCACAGCACCAUGAGGCCCAGAGAGGAAGGUGGAAACAUGCUUAGGGCUGGUAGCUGGGAGACAGCCCCCUUCUGUCAGCCUUCGGUCUUAAAAUCAAGGUAACUAAGACACCAACUUUCUGCCCCAAUGUAUGCCCCAUCCUACAACCAGGGCAAGGCUCGGCUGCAGUGCCCCUAAGUGACAGCUGCAACAGAGGCCCUGGCCCGGUUUGUGGAAGGACGAGGAAGACGCACAGUUGGGCAGGUACCACAGGGCCUGAGAGCAAGAGGGUCCUGGAACAGUCUCAAGUGCUGUAGAAGCAUGAGUGAGCGAGCUGCUUCCAGACAAAAGGCCAUGGACUGAGCCACUGCUCAAUAAACCACACUUGAUGCUCUCACGCCGGAGGGUUAUUUCAAUUGCUGCUCCCCCAGGAAGAAGCUGACUGCCGGUCCCGGGUUUUCCUACCGGGAGGAAGACAGGGGAUGGGAAG